GGUGCCGGCGCGGCCAUGGCGCACGGGCACGGGCCCGGCCGGUGCCGCUGCUGCGGGGAGGAGGCGGCGGAGCGCGGCGCGGCCUGGGGGCUCUACCUGCGCAUCGACCGGCAGCGCCUGCAGUGCCUCAACGAGCGCCGCGAGGGCUCCGGAGCCACCGUGUUCCGGCCCUGGGAGGAGCGCGGGGACCGCUCGCAGUUCGUGGAAAGCGAUGAUGAUGAGGAGCUGCUCUUCAACAUCCCGUUCACAGGCAGUGUGAAGUUGAAAGGAAUCAUUGUGAUGGGCGAGGAUGAUGGGACACACCCAGCUGAGAUGAGGCUGUUCAGGAACAUUCCUCACAUGUCCUUUGAUGACACAGCCAAGGAGCCAGAGCAGACCUUCAGCCUGAGCCAGGAUCCCCUGGGAGAGCUGGAAUAUCCCACCAAAAUUGCCCGUUUCUCCAACGUUUAUCACCUCUCCAUGCACUUCCCAAAGAACUUUGGAGCUGAGACAACCAAGAUUUUUUAUAUAGGCCUGAAGGGGGAGUGGACGGAGGCUCAUCGCCACGAAGUCACCAUCUGCAACUACGAAGCCUCAGCGAACCCGGCCGACCACAAGCUGGAACAGAUCACCCCCCAGACUCACUUCAUCUCCUAACGGGAGCCCGCCCGGGGCAGGACCGGAGCAGCUCCGCGGCUGUGGGACAGACACGGCGGCGCGGUCGGUGCGAGGCAUCCCGGGGGCGGCGGGGCCGCUCUGGAGGCUCCACCGAGCCGUGUGCGGGGCCGGUACCGGCUGUGACUGACAAUAAACACGCUGCGGUGCA